AUGGCGCCCUCCCCUCUGAAUCUUCUGCUCCUCGGAGCAGUUCUUUCCCAUAGCACAGCCAGUGUCAUCAGCCCAAGACAACGAGUCCCUGAUGGGCGCUGGUGGAUGGGCGCCACUUGGGACAAAGACCUCAUCUACCGUCGUGCCGUCGCGCUCGGGAAAGAGUUUCGCGGCAAGGGUGUCAACGUCUGGUUAGGGCCCAGUGUUGGUCCCCUGGGCCGCAAGCCCAAAGGCGGUCGUAACUGGGAGGGCUUCGGCUCGGACCCCGUGCUUCAGGCCAAGGCUGGCGCCCUGUCGAUCAAAGGUGUUCAGGAGCAAGGUGUCAUCGCCACGAUCAAGCAUCUGAUCGGAAACGAACAGGAAAUGUCAGUCUCAAUCAUGAUCAUCUACCUUUGGCCGUUUGCCGAGGGCAUUCGUGCAGGCUCCGGCGCCGUCAUGACAGCCUACAACGCGGUCAAUGGUUCUGCAAGCGUGCACAACAGCCAGAUGAUCAAUGGCGUUCUGAAGAAUGAGCUGGGCUUUCAGGGGUUCGUCAUGAGCGAUUGGUUUUCGCAAAUGUCUGGUGUCGACGCUGCAAUUGCGGGCCUCAAUAUGGCCAUGCCUGGAGAUACCCAAGUGCCCCUGUUCGGUUACAGCUACUGGAUGUACGACUUGACGCGCUCCGUCCUGAACGGCUCAGUUCCCAUGGAUCGUCUGAACGACAUGACCACGCGCAUCGUCGCGACAUGGCUCAAGUUCGGACAAGACGAGGGCUUUCCUAAGGUCAACUUCCAUCUGCUGUCCAACGAUGCUGUGGGAGAUCUCUACCAGGCCGCCUGGCCCUUCUCGCCCCGAGGUGUUAUCAAUGAGUUUGUGCAAGUCCAAGCGGACCACAACCUUGUCGCACGAGAGGUUGCUCAAGAUGCCAUCACCCUGCUGAAGAACAAUGGCAGUCUUUCUUCCGAUCGCGACAUCUCCAUCACGCGUCGGGAGGAGGAUCUUCCCGAGAGUCUCACCAAGCUCACGGGCGGUUCGACCGGACAGCCGCAGGACACCUUCUCCGAGGGUCUUUACAUCGACUACCGUUAUCUGAACAAGAACGGCAUCAAGCCCCGUUUCGCCUUCGGACACGGCUUGUCUUACACAAACUUCAACUUCACGGACCCCUCCAUCAGCGCCGUGACACAGCUGUCCCGCACUCCGCCCGCGCCCCCAUCGCGAGCCCCCGUCCUCAACUUCAACCAAGCCAUCCACCCCUGGCAGCAGGGCGUUGUGCCAGCCGGGUUCAACAAGAUUUUCCGUUACCUCUACUCGUGGUGCACCGAAGGCGAGGCCAAGCAGGCCGUCCGCGACCGUGAAGACGGCAAGAAGUACCCGUACCCGCCCGGCUACACAACGGUGCAGCCAUCCGCGGUCCCAGCCAGCGGCGCCUCGGGCGGCAACCCCCGGCUGUUCGACGUCGCGUUCCGCGUGUCGGUGACGGUGCGCAACACGGGCGCGACGCACACGGGCCGUGCCAGCGUGCAGGCGUACGUCCAGUUCCCCGACGGCGGCCCGGAGACGCCCGAUUGUGCAGCUGCGCGGACUUUUGAGAAGACGUCGAGGCUGGCGCCGGGUGGCAGCCAGGUUGUCACGCUGGCGCUGACGAGGAAGGACCUCAGCAUCUGGAUGUCGUGA